AUGUCCACAAACCGAUGGCUUCACAGCAUGUCACUCCGAUGGUUUCAACAGGAGGACCAACUCGUUGCUGCAUACAUGCUCGCCUCCAUUCCACUCCACUCAUCUGCUCUCCUCUCCCCUCUUCGCUCACUUCUUCUCUUCCCCUCCUCCCGAGUGUGCCCAUUAACGCCGGCCCCGGAACUCUCCCCCUCGGACUGGCUGGAUUCUCUCGCUCUUUCCGCUUCACUGCACAGGCCCAUUUAG